CCGUGGGUUGAGCCUUAUCCAAAAAUGUUGUAGUUGUAGUUGGCUACAAUUAUAAAUAGCUUUUGGUUUGAAGAAAGUGUUUGAAGAGAAGAAACAUAAGUAAACGAUGUCUGACAUUGCUAUGUUGGUGGCUGAAGAAUAUGAGAGGAGGGUAAAGCAGUUUAAGAAGGGAAGUGGUAGUGCUAUAGCUGUUGGAGAUGCCAAAUUCAACGUGCUUUCUUGUGCUUCCUCGUUACCUCUGAAGGAGAAGAUUGAGGCUCAGAAGAAGGAACUUGUCAAGUGGGUUUGGGAACCCAAAACCCAAUUUGCUAUUGCUGCUUCUAAUAGUUUCUUCUCUGCUUGAACAAUUCAUGCUUUUCCCCCUCAUUAUUUGCUUUAUUAUUUUCCUUUUCUAAUUUAUGUUUCCUUCUGUUACUGUGCAAUGCCAAUGUGCAUACAUAUAUCAUAUAUAUUUCCAAUUGUAAUUCUGUUCUCUCUUUAAAA